AGGACUGUGUAAUAUCAGUGAAAAGGCAGAAAUCAUGAUGAUGAACCUACAUGACCAGAUGGAGAAAAGUACCGAAUAUUGUCCUGUAAUAGAAGUCGAAAAGAAUAUGACGCAAAUGGGUCUGAUCAAAGAAGUACUGAAGAGAAAAUAUCAGAUAGGUGACGAAGAUCUAGAAGCGAAAACAAUCAAAGCUAAACAAAAAGAGAUCAGAAUGAAUCGAAUAAUGGAAAAAAACAUGCACCGAAUAUUGUUUGAAAAUGAAGAUGGACAUAUCGACACAAAACAGUCAUCGCUGUGGCUACGAAAAGGAAAUAUAAGCCUUCAGGAAGAAGGAUCAAUAUGUAAACUACAAGACCGAAAUGUGUUUUUCAACCGGAUGAGAUGCCCGCAUUGCAAGAAAGGCACUAUGAGCGUCGAGCACCUAGCAACUAAUUGUGGCGGAAUGUUAAGUUUCGAUUAUAAAAAACGUCAUGAUGAUGUUAGUACGAAUCAAGUCGGAUGUAGCUGUGAUUACGGACAAUAGAAUCCCAAAUAACAAGCCGGACUUGAUGAUCCACGAUUUGAAGACAAACGAUAUCCUAUUGGUGGAAGUAGGAAUCACUAGUAAGAGAAUAUUGCCCAAUACUGAAACAACAAAGAGGAGGAAGUACGAAUUAUUGGCCAACGAACUAAAAUCAAUGUACGGCAGUAAAGUGAUGGUGGCCCCGAUUGUGAUAACGUGGGAUGGAUUGGUGACUAGACACCACAGAAAGCACGCGGAAAGUUUGGGGAUAAGUGA